AUCUAUUCCUCUCCAUUUCACUUUCAACCCCUAAUAAUGCAAAUCUUUGUCAAAACCCUUACUGGCAAGACCAUUACCCUGGAGGUUGAGUCUUCCGACUCCAUCGACAACGUCAAGCAAAAAAUCCAAGAUAAGGAAGGUAUUCCUCCGGACCAGCAGCGCUUGAUUUUUGCCGGCAAGCAGCUUGAGGACGGCCGUACCCUCUCUGACUACAACAUUCAAAAAGAAUCUACUCUCCACCUUGUGCUCCGUCUUCGUGGUGGUAUGCAAAUCUUUGUCAAGACUCUCACUGGCAAGACCAUCACUCUUGAGGUCGAGUCGUCUGACUCCAUCGACAACGUCAAGCAGAAGAUCCAGGAUAAGGAAGGUAUCCCCCCAGACCAGCAGCGCCUCAUCUUCGCCGGCAAGCAGCUUGAGGACGGCCGUACCCUCUCUGACUACAACAUUCAAAAAGAAUCUACUCUCCACCUUGUGCUCCGUCUUCGUGGUGGUAUGCAGAUUUUCGUCAAGACUCUCACUGGCAAGACCAUCACUCUUGAGGUCGAGUCGUCUGACUCCAUCGACAACGUCAAGCAGAAGAUCCAGGAUAAGGAAGGUAUCCCCCCAGACCAGCAGCGCCUCAUCUUCGCCGGCAAGCAGCUUGAGGACGGCCGUACCCUCUCUGACUACAACAUUCAAAAAGAAUCUACUCUCCACCUUGUGCUCCGUCUUCGUGGUGGUAUGCAAAUCUUUGUCAAGACUCUCACUGGCAAGACCAUCACUCUUGAGGUCGAGUCGUCUGACUCCAUCGACAACGUCAAGCAGAAGAUCCAGGAUAAGGAAGGUAUCCCCCCAGACCAGCAGCGCCUCAUCUUCGCCGGCAAGCAGCUUGAGGACGGCCGUACCCUCUCUGACUACAACAUUCAAAAAGAAUCUACUCUCCACCUUGUGCUCCGUCUUCGUGGUGGUAUGCAGAUUUUCGUCAAGACUCUCACUGGCAAGACCAUCACUCUUGAGGUCGAGUCGUCUGACUCCAUCGACAACGUCAAGCAGAAGAUCCAGGAUAAGGAAGGUAUCCCCCCAGACCAGCAGCGCCUCAUCUUCGCCGGCAAGCAGCUUGAGGACGGCCGUACCCUCUCUGACUACAACAUUCAAAAAGAAUCUACUCUCCACCUUGUGCUCCGUCUUCGUGGUGGUAUGCAGAUUUUCGUCAAGACUCUCACUGGCAAGACCAUCACUCUUGAGGUCGAGUCGUCUGACUCCAUCGACAACGUCAAGCAGAAGAUCCAGGAUAAGGAAGGUAUCCCCCCAGACCAGCAGCGCCUCAUCUUCGCCGGCAAGCAGCUUGAGGACGGCCGUACCCUCUCUGACUACAACAUUCAAAAAGAAUCUACUCUCCACCUUGUGCUCCGUCUUCGUGGUGGUAUGCAGAUUUUCGUCAAGACUCUCACUGGCAAGACCAUCACUCUCGAGGUUGAGUCAUCCGACUCCAUCGAUAACGUCAAGCAGAAGAUCCAAGACAAGGAAGGUAUCCCCCCAGACCAGCAGCGUUUGAUCUUUGCCGGCAAGCAGCUCGAGGAUGGUCGCACUCUCUCCGACUACAACAUUCAAAAAGAAUCUACUCUCCACCUUGUGCUCCGUCUUCGUGGUGGUCUUUAAAAAUAAUAAUAUCAUUACUCCUCUCUCUCUUUCUCUCUCUCUCCCUUUUUGCUAAAUAUAGCUUUAAUGCAUUCAUUGCGUUGUCUUUAAUAAAAACCCCUUCAUUCCGCAAUGGAUUGGAGCAGUUCCAUCAAUAAUAAUAAUAAUAGUUGUCCAAAAGUCCUAUUUGUUUUU